CACUCAUGCUUUCAUGAAAUAUUUAUUAUUAUCAUUAUGUUGUCUGUAUUUUAUCCCCUGAUAUGCACAUUACUCCAUAUGUGGGCCAGUAUCGUUGAUUUUGAAAAGACUUUUACAGUGUCGUUCGAUUAAUGAUUUCUUUCAUAUCUUUUGCGUCUCACAGCGUCUCAAACCUCAGGUGGAGAGACGUCGAAGAGAGAGAAUGAACCGCAGCCUGGAGAGCCUGAAGACUCUUCUGCUACAGCGACAGGAAGCGACUCAGCGCAGAGUAGAGAAAGCUGAGAUACUGGAGCACACAGUCCUCUUCCUACAGACCACUGCCAAAAGAGACGAGACGGGAGAUGGAGGUGGUGGAGGCCAGAAACACUCCUUCCAAGACGGCUUCUCCACCUGCCUGCAGAGAGCGUCUCGGUUCCUGGGACCUGAGGGGAAAGGCCUGUGGCUCGGAGCAGCUCUGGAUGCGUCUUUUGCUUCUCGCCUUUCCCGUCCAGACUCUGAUUCUGCAGGUGUUCAACAAACAACUGAAGCUCGUCCUUCAUCCAGCUCUCUACUUCUCAGGAAGUCCUCAAGGCAUAUUCUUCGGUUGCUGAUACUCAGGUCUCGGCUCAGACGAUGCACGCCUGCUGUCUCUGUGGCCAGUUGUGUUCAGACCCGGCGAGAUUCACACCGCCCACUCACAGCUCCACAACAGCCGCAAAAAGUGGCGCGUAGAGUGAGCACACGGGGCCCGUCUCAGAGCCAGCCGGUCAACCAGACUUUGUCUGUUUGUUUGUGGAGGCCCUGGCCCUGAUCACAAGGCAGUGACCGCAGAAACUGAACUUUGAAAGACUCGUAACAUGCUGAUAAAUAUUCAGACAAGAGCAUGUGUUGUUCAUCUGACUUUCUGCAUGGACAUUUUCAGUGCAAUGUAUUGAACACGAGCCUCCUGCUUUCUGUAAAGUCUGAUACGUGUGUAGAUAUUGUAAAUUUAUUAUGAUCACACCAAGUGCUGCUGCAGCCUGUACGGGCCAACUCGUUUUGACUGUGACAUGUUAUGUUCUUUGCACCUUAAUUUAUUUCAGUUGUCAUUCGAAAAUAAACAAA